ACUCACUGCCUUUGUGGUCCAUGCAUUUUCCCAACCGAGAGAGGCCCAUAUAAACACAGAUAAAGAUUGGAGCUGGAGUUGAAGGCUAGGGAAGAGAGACAAGAAAACAAAGCCAGACAUGGAGUGGAAUGGGAGCACAAGACGUUAUGUUCCCCGAGCAGAUUCUUCUUUGAGCUUCCUUUACAACUACAACUACACCCCAUAUCCAGGAAUGGAAGUGAAGCAACAAGCACUGGCAGAGACAAGUUCACCCAUGGAAAAAAUGAACUGCGGGAACCAGGAGAAGAAGAAGCGAUUAACAAGUGACCAGUUAGAUUCGUUGGAGAAUAGUUUUCAGAAGGAGAUCAAGUUAGAUCCUGAUAGAAAGAUGAAGCUUUCCAAGGAGUUAGGGCUUCAACCUCGUCAAAUUGCUGUUUGGUUCCAAAACAGGCGUGCAAGGUGGAAGAACAAGCAACUUGAACACUUGUACGAUUCACUUAAACAGGAAUUUGAUGUCAUAUCUAAGGAAAAGCAGAAGCUCGAGGAAGAGGUAAUGAAGUUGAAGACUAUGCUGAGAGAGCAAGCUUCUAGAACCCAACAAGUGUCAACAGGAUACACAGAAAUCUCUGGGGAAGAAACAGUGGAAAGCACGUCAGAGGCACUGCGUUGCUCCAAACGGGGAACACUGCACCAUCAGCAGCAGCAGAAUAAUAUUGGAGAGGGAAACUGUUCCUUCACUUUGGAAGAUUACAACACAGUGCCAGUACUACCCUAUUGGCCUGGGGUCCCUUAUUAUCAUCCCUAAUUAAUGAAUGAAUGCUAUUGUGUUAGUUUGAACAAUAAUAAUUAAUGUGAGUGAGCUUAGUUAGUUAAUUAAUUAACUAAAUUUUGAUUGGUAACGUAUGAACUGAAGAGUAGUAGUAGAUGGAUGGAAAACCCUUUUUCCAUAGGAACUGACAUUAGGAUUAUCAAAAGCAAGCAGACCUGCAUGUUGGUUGGUACGGUAAUUAUUGCUAAAAUUAUAGCUGUCCUAGCAGACAUCACUUUAUUAAUUAGUCGCUUCCAAAUUGCAUCAAGUCUUUAAUUGUUACGUACUGUUAUUAAUAUAUAUAAUCCUUGUUUAUUAGUAAAA